AUGUCUGUACAACCUCAAAUACGGGCGGGGCCUAUUACCGAUGUUACCGCAUCAGCAACCUUUCAAACUCUACGGUUCAUUGGUAAGCGACAGUUGCUACCGAUCAUGGAGCUGCAGCGCAGUUUGUUACUUAUUGAUGCUGCUGUAUCUCUCUUUAUUGGUUUCCUAUUAUUUUUUACACCUUCUCUCAUCGGUUAUUUUAUUUUUGUAAAAGAAAUAGAUGGCGUCCAUUGGCAUUUGCUUAGAUGUAUCGGUUGUCAACAUAUUGGUGCUGGUUUUCUAAUAUACAAAUUGAGAAAUUCUUCAGUGGAAGUACUAUCUGCUUGUCAUAUUGUUCGAAUUUUGUAUCUGAAAAUCGCCAAAUAUUGGUGCUACUGUUGGUUAGCAAUGAAUUUUUGCCUACAAACAGCUCAUCGAUGGUCACUCGGAGAAACGGUCAUUACGAAUGUUAUGGAAAAUAUUCUUUUCCAGAUGGAUAGUCUUGUAUGUGUAAUUAUUGGUGUUGCAUGGCUUGCAUUUCCUGAAUGGUUAUUACACCGUCAGGUUCGUAUACAUUUGGGUGUUUCACAUGAAUUCUGUGCUCGACUUAUGGGUACUGACUUUUUGACCUCUUCUGUGAUCAGUAGCCAUGCUUUACAUUGGAAAAAGCCGACAGAUCGUUUAAUUGCUAUCGAUUGUCGAUCUUUGAUUUGUACAUUAACUUUGGCUGCACAAGUAUGGUCUCAGUAUGCUUAUUCGGAUCAUUGGAAUGUAAGUCAUUGGGUUGGCAUAUCAUUGAUCUCAUCUUGGACAAUUACCGCCCUGUUAUUAAGAUAUCAUUCAGCAGCGCAAAUAAAACGAACAGAAGAAAAAACGAAACAACACUGA